UUUUUUUUUUUUUUUCUUAAACCUUUUUUUUCUCUCUUCUCGUCUCCGUGAUUUCACUUGCUUUCAAGUCCAAUCAGCUUCCAAAGCUCGGACCGUUUGAUUCGAUCGCGCCCCACACGCGCUGACUCUGUCAAAUCCGAGGCUGCUUUUUGCCUUGCCUUACCUACCUUAGUCGGCAAAGAUCGUGCACGGUGCUAGCUGGGCCAACCAGGAGGAAGAAAACGAAGUGAGAGAGUGCUUUGCUCUUAGAAUCGUGAAUCUUCACCCGCGCCAAACUCCUCAAAAUUCCUCCGAGACACGUUCUCACUUUGGUCUAGACCCGCGUUCACCCACUCAACCUUACCUUUUCUCACCUUAAUUACCAUACCUCUCUUUUUUUCCCUCCCCUACCCACGGUCUUUUCCACCUCUUGUCAUGCACUCAAUUUUGCCCAUGGCUUUUCCUGAAUUUGGCUUGUGACAGAGCGUCCACUUUUCGUUUCCAGUCCUCCGCCCAAAAAGUUGAUCCUUAUAAACUUCUCUACAAGUAGUUUGCGGUCGUCGCAAACUGUUCUCGCCCAUCAUCUUCGCCUCGACACGAUCCCUGGCCCAUAUCUUCCUGAGGCAUCUUGGUCCUCUGCAGGUCCUACACAUACAGGCACGAAGACGAGCACCAUUGUCACUGUCGCAACGUUUCAUCAACGCACACGCUGUUGCGAUGGCUUCGAGCUCGGAUGAUGACUUGCCCAUGUCGCGUACGAACGGCAAAGUUUCGUCUUCCAAGAUCUCGAAAGCAGACGAUAUGGCUUUAGACAAGGCCUACCCUAACAAGAGCAACGCACCUGCGCCCGUCUCGAUUCGAAAUGGACCGAUUCGCGACGAUGAUGCUAUGGAUGUUGAUGCCCCAAACGGACAGGCUAAGCGCAAAUCGCGCUCUUCCAUAGGCAAGCCUGCAUACAAGGAGGAGAGCGACGAUAGUGACGAUGCCGCCCCUUUGGCCAAGCGCCGAAAGUCGACACACCGCGCACCAGUAGACAGCGACGAUGAACCGAUGAGCAAUAGAAAAGGAAAGCUCCCUCCUUCAGUCCACGAAACCGCCGGUUUAUCAUCAGAUGAUGAACCUUUGACAGUCAAGUUGGCCAAACAAAAAGGCGCCAUUGAGAAGAAGGCCGCUACCGAAGCCAAGGCUAUCAGAGCAAGCGAGGCAAGGAGGAAGUCUGCUGUCAAGCACGAAGUUGACUCUGAUGACGAACCACUUUUGAAAAGCAAGGCAAAGCCGGCUGCUAAGCGACAAUCAAACGGCACCGCUAAAAAGGCGAACGGCAAGGCGAAAUUUGAGUCAGAUUCCGAUGAGCCACUUUCCAAAUCGAAGAAGCCUGCUGCAAAAGCCGCACCUGCAAAGGGCAAAGCUGCCGCAGCGAAAAAGAGCAACACGAAGCAAGCAAGCGAGGAGGCAGAAGGUGAUGAAGAGGAAGAGGAGGAAUAUCGCUGGUGGGACGCGCCCAAGAAGGAGGACGACAGCAUCAAGUGGACUACCUUGGAGCACAACGGCGUCUUGUUUCCGCCUGAGUACGAACCGCUUCCAAAGAAUGUCAAGCUUUAUUACAACGGUGUUCCUUUGCAGUUGCAUCCGGAAGCGGAGGAGGUCGCUACUUUCUUCGGCUCCAUGCUCCAUUCGACGCAAAAUGUGGAAAACCCCAUCUUCAUCAAGAACUUCUUCAACGGCUUCAAGGACAAGCUGAAAAAGACUGGAGGCGCCAAGGACAAGAAUGGCAACAAAGUUGACAUUAAGGAGUUUGAAAAACUCGAUUUCAAGCCCAUAUUCCAGCAUUUCCAGGCACAGAGCGAAGCGAAAAAGGCACGAAGCAAGGAAGAAAAGAAGGCUGAAAAAGAGGCACGAGACAAGAUGGAGGAGCCUUACAAAUUCUGCAAGUGGGAUGGACGCAAAGAGAAAGUGGGCAACUUUAGGGUUGAACCUCCUGCGCUUUUCCGCGGCCGUGGCGAGCAUCCAAAGACUGGCACAAUCAAGGAGCGAGUCCCUCCUGAGGCGGUGACAAUAAAUAUCGGCAAAGACGCAAAGGUGCCCGAACCGCCUGCAGGCCAUAAAUGGAAGGCUGUUCAGCACGACAACAAGGCAACUUGGCUGGCCAUGUGGCAGGAGAAUGUCAACGGCAACUACAAGUACGUCAUGCUUGCCGCAAACAGCGCCGUCAAGGGACAAGCCGACUUCAAGAAGUUCGAGAAGGCCAGGGAGCUCAAGAAGCACAUUGACCGCAUCCGUGCCGACUACACUCGGGAUUUGAGGAGCGAGAUCAUGGCCGAUCGUCAGAGGGCCACAGCCAUGUACUUCAUUGACAAGCUGGCUUUGAGAGCUGGAAACGAGAAGGAUACCGAGAACGAAGCCGAGACGGUUGGUUGCUGCUCACUGAAGGUCGAAAACGUAACCCUGCAGCCCCCCAAUAAGGUCUUCCUUGAUUUCUUGGGUAAAGACAGCAUCCGCUUCGAGCAAGAGGUUGAAGUAGACGCCCAAGUGUUCAAGAACUUGAAAAUGUUCAAGAAGGCUCCCAAGGUAGAAGGUGACGAUAUAUUCGAUCGGCUUACAACGUCUCAACUCAACAAGCACUUGUCCAGCUACAUGCCGGGGUUGACCGCCAAGGUCUUCCGUACCUACAAUGCUUCAUACACCAUGUCAACCCUCCUUCAGAAGCUUCAUAGCAAAAAGAACAUCAGUGAUGCUGAAAAGGUCAAAAUUUACAACGAUUGCAAUCGUCAAGUGGCCAUCCUGUGUAACCACAAGCGCAGUGUUGGUGCUAGCCAUGACGCUCAAAUGAAGAAGCUAGGAGACCGCAUCCUUGGACUCAAGUAUCAACAAUGGCGCACUAAAAUGAUGAUGCUUGACCUCGACCCGAAACUGAAGAAGAAGAAGGGCGCGCAAUUCUUUGAGCGCAUUCCCGAGCUUACGGACGAAUGGGUGAAAGAGCACCAGGCCUUUUUGGUCGAGGAAAAGAGGGCAGCCAUCACCAAAAAGUUCGAAAAGGACAACGAGAAGGCCGUGGCCAACGGUGAGAAGAAGAUGCCCGAUAAGGAGCUUAAGGAGCGACUCAAGGCAGCCAGCGAGAUGGAUGCUAUGUACAAGAAAGAGAACAAGACCAAGAAGGUCUUGGCUGAAGGCCGAGGCGUGACUGUAGAGAAGCUCGAGCAGCAAGUCAAGAAGCUCGACGAGCGAAUCCGCACCAUGGAACUCCAGGCGGCCGACCGUGACGGCAACAAGGAGGUGGCUCUUGGCACUUCGAAAAUCAACUACAUCGAUCCUCGCCUUACUGUUGUCUUCUGCAACAAGAUGAAUGUCCCCAUCGAAAAGUUCUUCUCCAAAACAUUGCGGGAGAAGUUCAACUGGGCGAUCCAAUCCGUUGGCGACGACGACGACUGGGAGUUCUAAGUCGCCUGUCACCGCUUCCCAUUCAUGUCCUCUACUCUACCUUCGAGGAUUGGGUGCAUAUGACGCCCUCAGUGGACAACCCGCUUGCUUCAAUCAACCCUUGUGUCAUAUGUAUAUAGACUUCUGCGUACUCACUUCAGCAGACUCCCUGGUUAUCUUCCAAAAGCAAUUUAUUUUGAGCAUUCAUUUUUUUGGAGCAGCCACUCCUCGUCACAUAUACACCGCUUUGGAGCGAGAAUCCUCAAAGCCUGUUAUCAAGGCGGUUCGGUUUCCUCUGCGCUGAUUUUUUUUUCUGCUUUUUUUUUCCCUUCUGCACCUUUGGAGUUGAGGGUAUUUUGGGCUGGAGAGGCAGUUUAUUAUCAAGGAACCUAAUUGGUCAAUAUUACCCAACAAGGGAGCAGAUGGUCGUGGCAUUUUACUUUUUUUAAGUAGAAGUAGACCACUCUACAGCGAUGGAUUUCUAGACGAGAACAAGAAUAAAAGAAUUUACUCCUUGCAA